AUGAAGUUCAGAGAUGGAAUGUGGUUGCCGGCGGAGGGGAAACGACUGGAAUACGCUGAAGAGGUAUAUGCUAUUACGGAACGUGAGGAUGGCAAAGCAUUGAGUCUGCUAUGCCCAACUAGAAAGAUAUUUGCAAGGUCAGAUUCAUUGAAUUUGAGUACCUUGACAAUUGAUGUGGAAGCUCCAUUUGAUGGAGUGAUAUCCGUCGAGACUACACACUUUUUGGGUGCUCUCAAUCCAGGACCUCAUUUCGAUCUAUUUCCAGAAGGAAAGCCAGAGGGUAGUCAAGUCGAAAUUGCCAAAACAGAAAAGUCAACCACUCUCAAAUCUGGAUCAUUAUCGGCGACCGUGAAAACUGGCAAUCAUGACUUCGAGAUCCGAUUUCAUGCUACAGAUGGCUCGAAAGAACUUACAUCCUUACUCAAUCGAAGUGUUGGCUUAGCAUAUAGUCCGGCGACUAGCAACCCGAUGCAGAUCGCAGAUAUGAGGGACUUUGAACAUUAUAUUUUCACCCAAUCGACCCUGUCAGUGGGAGAAUCCGUGUAUGGUCUAGGAGAGAGAUUUGGAGCAUUCAAUAGGGUUGGCCAGUCUAUUGAGCUUUGGAAUGCAGACGGAGGAACUUCGAGCGAUCAAGCUUACAAAAAUGUACCAUUUUGGAUGAGUUCUCGGGGAUAUGGUGUGUUCAUCGAUACACCUGAUAAGGUGGACCUUGAAAUUGGAAGCGAGAGAUGCUGCAGAGUUCAGACCAGUGUAGAAGGCCAGAGACUAAAGUGGUACAUUAUUUAUGGACCAACACCAAAAGAGGUUUUGACAAAGUAUUCAAUCUUGACCGGAAAGCCAGGGAAGGUACCAAGUUGGAGUUUCGGACUUUGGUUGAGCACUAGUUUUACCACAAAUUACGACGAAAAGACUGUGAAUUCAUUCCUCGAAGGGAUGAGUGCACGAGAUAUUCCAGUGGAAGUAUUCCACUUUGAUUGUUUUUGGAUGAAGGCAUUUCAUUGGUGUGAUUUUGAGUUUGAUUCUGAGAUGUUUCCAGACCCAAAAGCUCAAAUUUCUCGACUUAAAGAAUCUGGACUUGUCAAGAAGGUUUGCGUUUGGGUAAACCCAUAUCUCGGCCAAGCAUCUCCCGUCUUCAAAUACGCGGCAAGUAAAGGUUACUUACUCAAACGUAAGAACGGUGAUGUGUUCCAGUGGGACCUCUGGCAGACGGGAAUGGGAAUCAUCGAUUUCACCAAUCCCGAGGCUACAGAGUGGUACGUAGGCUGCUUAAAGGGCCUAUUUGAUAAGGGGGUGGAUUCAAUCAAGACAGAUUUCGGAGAACGCAUCCCAUCCAAGGAUGUCCAAUGGUUUGAUUCAUCUCUCGAUCCAAGAAAGAUGCAUAAUUACUAUGCGUUCCUAUACAACAAAAUUGUCUAUGAGGCAUUACAAGACCGAUAUGGAAAGGAUGAAGCCGUUCUCUUCGCACGUACUGCUACUGCUGGGACUCAGCGUUUCCCAUUGCAAUGGGGCGGUGAUUGCGAAUCAACUCCUGAAGCUAUGGCUGAAUCAGUUCGAGGAGGCUUGUCGCUAGGACUUUCUGGUUUUGCCUUCUGGUCAGUCGACAUUGGUGGCUUUGAGGGCUAUCCUCCUCCUUGGAUAUACAAACGCUGGGUUGCUUUUGGCCUUCUUUGUUCCCAUAGUAGACUUCAUGGUAGCAAUUCUUUCCGUGUACCAUGGACAGUGGACGAGGACGACAAAACGGAUCAAGGGUGCUCCAAGGUUCUGUCAAAGUGGACGACAUUAAAAGCAAGACUCAUGCCGUAUAUUUUCUCGCAAGCUCAAGAAGCUGUCGAGCUGGGUGUACCCCUUUCACUUCGAGCUAUGUGCUUGGAAUUCCCAGAUGACCCAACCUCAUGGUAUCUCGACCGACAAUUUAUGUUUGGAGAUAGUUUACUCGUAGCCCCAAUCUUUGAAGAAUCCGGGGAUGUUGAGUUUUAUUUACCAAAGGGUAAAUGGACGAACUUUUUCACCAACGAAGUGAAGAGUGGACCUGGGUGGUUCAAAGAAAACCACGCGUUCGACACCCUUCCUUUAUACGUCCGGGAAAAUACAGUACUUGUGCUAGGAAAAUCAGAGCAAACUAAGACUGUGUAUGAUUAUGCCCAAGAUGUUGAAGUUCGUCUAUACAACACUACCAAGGGGGCUAAGGCCAGGCUAGUAAAUUCUGAGGGAACCGACAUUGGUACUCUUGAGGUUGACGAUGAUGGGAAACUGAAAGAUCAGAAGUUUUUGACGGGAUCAUGGGAGGUGACAAAGAUCUAG